AUGUCGACCGUGGAUAUUCCUCUACUCACAAUUGCCCCGACGACCAGCCACACUCACACAGUCAUCUUCCUGCACGGCCGCGGGGACAAUGCGCGUAACUUUGCAGGUUCCCUCGCCGGCUCGCCCGACUCCCACGGUCGAACACUCAUCGACGCUUUCCCAUCCUUCCGCUGGGUCUUCCCCCAGGCACCGACGCGAGAAUGCGCCAGCUCUCCCGACGUUUGGCCGCAGUGGUUCGAUGUCUGGAACGUCCGCGAUUUAUCCGAAAAUGAAAAUCUUCAGGUCAUUGGGCUGAGAGAAGUCGUCCCUGCCAUCUGCCGCAUCGUAGCGGUUGAGGCAGCACUGCUCGGCGGUGCUUGGGAGCGUGUUAUUAUCGCAGGGAUCAGCAUGGGCGGUGCGACGAGCGCGCACGUCCUGUUCAACCUCAAUCUACCUCCCGGAAAGAGCCUUGGUGCUUUCCUAGGAUUCUCGUGUCGCUUGCCUUUUGCUGGCCAGAGUCUAGUUCAAAUGAGAGAGUUGCAUAAGUCGGGAAAUGCCCCAGGCCAUAAUGACGUCCUUCGAUAUACGCCGGUAUUGCUCGAGCAUUGUAUAGAUGACCCUCUGGUCCGGAUCCGUGAUGGAAAAGUCCUGAGAGAUGCACUGAGGGAAUUCGGUGCGAAGGUGGAGUGGAAGGAAUACCAGUCUGGUGGCCACUGGUUCAACUCGCCGGUAGGAGAAGUCCAGCUCGAAGCAGCCUAUGUGUUUACCAUCGUAGACCAAUGUCCCUCUACUGCCCCUCUCGUCAAAAGUGUCAACUACUUCCAAAUUUCUCUCAUUCAGCGCUUCCAGAUCCAGGACAUGACUACGAACUCGGAGAUUCCAGCCCUUUUGAAUUUCACCGAAGGGAUUGGUACCGACUGGCACGGUGUGCGCCUCUAA